AUGGACGCUGCACACCCCGAUGUCACGGAAACGUCAGAGUCAGCCCCACUCCUGGCUGAUCUCGAGGCAGCCCAUGCAGCGUACAAUGGUGGCGGAGUCCCCUCAAAGAGCAAGCGAAAAUCGCGCGUGCCGAUUCUGCUGUCUCGAAUGCGAACCUCUGUGAGGAGCACUCCAGGGCCACGGGACAUCAAGAAUCUAGCUACUAUUGCGCUCACAUCAUUACCUGCGGUCCUUCUAGGAACGCUGCUCAACAUCCUCGAUGGUGUCUCCUACGGCAUGAUCAUAUUUCCUGCGACCGGUGUCUUCUCCAAUCUCGGCGGAACAGGAGUGUCUAUGUUCUUUCUUACGGCAAUUAUCUCUCAGCUCGUGUACUCGGCAGGUGGAAGCGGAUUCGCGGGCGGGAACGGCAGCAUGAUGAUAGAAGUUGUGCCGUUCUUCCAUAUUCUCGCUAACAGUAUCGCUGCCGACAUCGGUGAAGACGAUCCGCAUGCUAUUUUGGCAACCACAAUUGUGGCGUUCGCGUUGUCCUCGAUCCUCACGGGACUCACAUUUUUUCUGCUUGGCGCAUUACGGCUAGGAGCACUGAUCGGCUUCUUCCCGCGACAUAUACUUGUAGGCUGCAUAGGCGGUGUCGGCGUCUUCCUCAUCAUCACAGGGCAAGUCACAUGCGUUCGCGCGCACAUGUUCGCUAACUCUAUUAAUGCAUGCAGGUUCUCCGUGAGCACGCGCAUGGACGACGAUGAUUUCGACUUCAGCUUGGCCACACUGAAGUUCUUGUUCCUGAAUGUGCAUAAUCUCGCGCUAUGGAUGUCUGCGUUUGGGUUGGCGGCACUGCUGCGCAUCAUUUCGCACAAGUAUGAGCAUCAGCUCAUCUUUCCGCUGUAUUUCAUGAUCAUCCCGGCAGUUUUCUAUAUCGUCGUUGCCGCUGGUCAUAUGGACCUCGGCAACCUACGGCAGAAGGGAUGGCUAUUUGACAUGGGCACUGCACAUGAGCCCUGGUAUCAUUUCUAUUCGCUGUUCGACUUCAAAGCUACUAGAUGGUCGGUUCUUUGGUCAACGUUGCCUACGCAAUUUGCACUGCUGUUCUUCAACAUACUACAUCCGCCACUGAAUGUCCCGGCACUAGCGGUAUCUUUGAAUCAUGACGUCAACACGGAUAAGGAGCUGGUUGCACAUGGCUACUCAAAUCUUCUUGCUGGUGCUCUAGGCACGGUGCCAAACUAUCUCGUCUAUGUCAACACGGUGCUAUUCUAUCGCGUCGGUGGAACGACGCGUGUAUCUAGUUUUCUUCUGGCAGGCGCCACGACGGUUCUGCUUGUCAUUGGCACAGGACCGAUCGCAUAUAUUCCGGUGAUGGUCGUUGGAGCGCUGAUAUUCGUGCUUGGUAUCGAUCUGGUGAAGGAGGCGCUCUGGGACACCCGACAUCGAGUUAGCAGGACAGAGUACAUCACGAUCGCCAGCAUCAUGGUCUGUAUGACUGUGUGGGACUUUGUUAUCGGUGUGCUGUUCGGCAUCAUCGUCAGCUGUUUCUUCUUUGUCAUUCAAAGCUCGCAGAGGAGGAGCAUACGCACGUUGUAUACUGGCCAGACGGUGAUGUCGACUGUGCGCAGACCGGGUGCACAUCGUGCGUACAUACGUGAGGUCUCCAAGCAGACGACGAUUUUGCGCUUGCAAGGAUUCCUGUUCUUCGGGACCAUCACGCAUGUCGAAGGUACGAUUCGGAUGCUGGUCGAGGGCCCUGCGUGGCAGCGUAAUCCUAUGCGCUUUCUCAUUGUCGACUUGUCGCUCGUCGCGGGAGUGGACAUGUCAGCCGCAGAGGCAUUCGUGCGAAUCCAACGUCUGCUGGCAGGGAGAAAGGUCACACUUGUCUUCUGUGGGUUCCCUUUGGACUCGAACGUGGGCAAGUCUCUACACAACGUUGGCUUGCUGGACAUGGAUGGCGUCGAGCUCUUUUCUACGUUCAAUGAUGCCCUUGAGUGGACUGAGAACGUCUAUCUGAGGACGUGGUUCAAUGCGCAGAAGGCCGAGCCACAGACGAUAGUAUUGCCCGGUAGGCAGGAUGCCGCAAUUGCUUUCCAGGAAUCAAUGUCGGCGACGCCCAGAAGACUGCACCUGCUGAAUGCUGGGUGGGAGACCAUCGCCCGAGAUCAUUCUCCACCGGACGCCGACGUGGCAGAUGCUGCUGAGCCAUACAAUACGCUCGUCAAGGCGUUCUCAACAUAUGGCCCUGUCGACCGCCAACAAUUCGCACCACUUAUGGUGUACCUCCAGAGGAUAUCUCUGCCAGAAGGCACAGUCCUGUGGUAUCAAGGCGACGAUCCAGACGGUCUGUAUCUUGUCGAAUCCGGCGUGCUCAGAGCGGUGUAUCGCUUCAACGAGCACACCGCGCCCACGGAGGAGUCCAUGGUUCCGGGGACAAUCGCAGGUGAACUGUCCGCGCUUUCUGGCCUGCCACGAAACGCUACCUGUGUGGUGGAACGGCAGGCAGUGCUCUGGAAGCUGAGUGUUGAGGACCUGCAUCGGCUGGAGGUGGAGCAUCCAGAACUGGCUAGGGAGUUUACUCGGUUGGUGCUGAAAGCUGCGAAACUUGAUUACGACAUUUUGAUAUCCGCAUUGGCAUGCCGACAAUGA